GCAUUUUGUAUUAGGAAGUCUUGUUUACUUGUCGAAAUGGCGGAGGGGGAUAUCGAGGAAUUCAUUGAACAAAACAGGCAUUUGUCCGAGCUUGUAGAUACAUAUCGUGGCAUCUCAGAAAGUGAAAAACAUUGGAAGGCCAGGAGGGCAUUCCUAUUCAGAAAUAUAAACGACUUUGAGGACCCACACAUUGAUCAGCUGCUAGCUUUGUCCAUGGUAUGGGCCAACAACGUGUUUCUUGGCUGUCGGUGAGUUAACAAUAAAUACACAUCACGUGCAUUGACUACUUGACUUGCUAUUUAGCUAAAAUGCCUUUUAACAAAAUAUACCAAAUGUAUGGCAUGCAAUAUAGGUAGCUGACUAACUAACUGCUGUUCCUUUAUGUUCUCUCAGAUACAGUCCAGACCUCUUGGAGAAAGUGAAUGAAAUGGCUGAAGGAAUUGUUGUGGAGGAUGCCCCUGUUUUCAAAACCAGAGAUGAGAUCAUGAAAAAUCAGGUAGGUUAUAUAUCAUACCAAAGUAAUGCCUCCUCUUCCUGUCUUGCCUUCUUUCAUGAACAUAAAUCUAAAAAAGCUAGACAGGUGAAAGCAAUUAGGCCGGUGUCUAGUCUCUAGCUAUGCCUUCCAAAACAUUGCUUUCUGCUAUCUGCUUCAUUCAGGUCAGUGAUCAGACACAGACCAAAGGAGGCAAGGUAACAGUGUAAGGACACACAGCCAUAACCAUGUUGUUUCCCUCUCCUUCAGAAACGAUGAUUGGAUGACCUGCUCAGUUAUGGAUGGAUGACCUUAUUGUCUAACUUUACUCAGAUGCAUAUGGUUUUAAAAUGUUAGUUUUAAAAUGUUAUUCUCUUAACAUGCAAGCUUCUUAUUGUUUCUUAAUCAUGUAUUACAACAAAUGUAACACAAGCUAAACAUUUUAUACAUUAAAAUCAUUUUAGCUGA